UGUUGUUGUGUUUUCUGACUUGUAAUUUUGUUUUCUGACUUGUCAUUUUGUUUCCGGAAUUGUUGUUGUGCUUUAUGGUUUGUUAAUGUGUUUUCAGAUUUGGUGUUGCGUUUUUAGAUUUGUAAUUGUGAUUUGUAAUUUGGAUUUGUUUUUUGCUUUUAGAUUUGUUGUUUGUUUUGCGAUUUGUUGUUUUGUUUGGCACUUUACGUGCUCUGUAGACAUGAACGUAGAAGAAGCAGAGGACCAGCUCACUAAAGGUGGUGACACCAGGAAAAAUAAGCUCUGUGAUCCAGAAUGUCACGUACCAUCUAAACGUAAACAGCCUAAUACUGAGAAUGAUAAACAGUCUCCUACAUCAUGGUCUGCAUCACAUAGUGAGGAGAUGUCCCUCCCAUCAUGGUCUGCAUCACAUAGAGAGGAGAUUCCCCACCCAUCAUUGUUUGCAUCACAUAGAGAGGAGAUUCCCCACCCAUCAUGGUCUGCAUCACAUAGUGAGGAGAUGUCCCUCCCAUCAUGGUCUGCAUCACAUAGAGAGGAGAUUCCCCACCCAUCAUGGUCUGCAUCACAUAGUGAGGAGAUGUCCCUCCCAUCAUGGUCUGCAUCACAUAGAGAGGAGAUUCCCCACCCAUCAUGGUCUGCAUCACAUAGUGAGGAGAUGUCCCUCCCAUCAUGGUCUGCAUCACAUAGAGAGGAGAUUCCCCACCCAUCAUGGUCUGCAUCACAUAGUGAGGAGAUGUCCCUCCCAUCAUGGUCUGCAUCACAUAGAGAGGAGAUUCCCCACCCAUCAUGGUCUGCAUCACAUAGUGAGGAGAUGUCCCUCCCAUCAUGGUCUGCAUCACAUAGAGAGGAGAUUCCCCACCCAUCAUGGUCUGCAUCACAUAGUGAGGAGAUGUCCCUCCCAUCAUGGUCUGCAUCACAUAGAGAGGAGAUUCCCCACCCAUCAUGGUCUGCAUCACAUAGUGAGGAGAUGUCCCUCCCAUCAUGGUCUGCAUCACAUAGAGAGGAGAUUCCCCACCCAUCAUGGUCUGCAUCACAUAGUGAGGAGAUGUCCCUCCCAUCAUGGUCUGCAUCACAUAGAGAGGAGAUUCCCCACCCAUCAUUGUUUGCAUCACAUAGAGAGGAGAUUCCCCACCCAUCAUUGUUUGCAUCACAUAGUGAGGAGAUGUCCCUCCCAUCAUGGUCUGCAUCACAUAGAGAGGAGAUUCCCCACCCAUCAUGGUCUGCAUCACAUAGAGAGGAGAUUCCCCACCCAUCAUGGUCUGCAUCACAUAGUGAGGAGAUGUCCCUCCUACCAUGCGUCCCACUGCGUGAGAUGUCUGAAUCUCAUUUUUGGCACACACAGCAAGUACCACAUCCAGUACACAGUCUUGAGUUCAACACACCACCAUCUAUUGAGAUGGCUCUAUCACCCGAGGAAGAGGAGAAAUUGACUGCUUCAGAAGAGAAAAAAAAACAUUCUUUAAGCCACAAACUGCAGAAGGCGUUCCAGAGAUUGAGGAGACUACGCUAUUUCCCCACACCAAUAUCCCGUAAGGAGAUGUCUCUAGCACCUGAGGAAGAGAAACCUACUGCUGACAAGGAGAACAAAUCACAUUCUUUUAGCCAAACACAGCAGCUCUCUGACUGUACAUCGUCUGGUCUGGAUCAUCACCUACUGCCAGAAUGUAAAUCGUGUGUUCACCUAGUUGAUUCAGAUGAGUGGAUUCAGGUUGAGCCGUCAGUCUGUAGAGAUGAAGGAGAGUCAAAGUUCAGGAUCAGCACUCAGCCGGGCCGGUACGAGUGCAUCAGGACCACAAUGCGAUGGGUCUGUGAUUGUGAUGUCACACUUCAGUAUCAUGCAGUGGACGGACGUUCCCUCAUUUCAGAGCUGGAGAGACUUCAGUGUGAGCAAAUCGGUCCUGUGAUGGAUGUGACAGUGAUCUCUGGGAAACUGAUGGAAGCUCAUCUGCCUCAUUUCGCUUGUUUAGCAGAGUCUGACCCCACUCUCAAAGAUGCUGUGAAGGUUCUCAUCCAAAAGGAUGAGGGUGUGAUUUUACAACCUGUAGAGUUGACACGCUUUCAUGCCAAAAUAAUCCAACCAUCUUUCUGUCCAGCAACUCCAGUUGCAAAAACAAAGACUAAACGAAAAGAACAUUUCAAUCUUCUUCUCUACAUGCGAUGUAAAAAUCCUCCCAUUCUUCAUGUCUACUUCUUUCCACUGAACGAUACCUGUUCAAAAGAUAAAGUUGAGCAGAGUGAAAGAUCAAGUCUUCAGAUCAGCCAUCCCAGACCAGAUAGGCCAUUUCAGAUGAACGCAACUCAUUUUCUCAAGGUUCCUGAUGCUUCUGUCCAUCCUAUAGAGGGAAUUACAUUUAGGAGAGAUAUUGACCCAAACUUCUUCAAGGUCAAGCUGGUUCAGGAUGGUGAUGUACCUAUGGCUCUUAUCAGAGAGAAAGAUACUAGCGUUGUGUGGGAAGCAACAAUUUGGUCAGAUGACCAGUUAAAUCCAAGGCAAAUACAAAAUCAGCCAGAGCAACGUUCUAAGAUUGAUAUUGAUAAUUUUGUUCAAAACCACUGGUCAGCUCUCAUUCAAGGAGUUGAAAAUGUGAUGAGUAUUGCAGAUAAACUGCGUGAGCAGAAAAUAAUUCAAAGAGAAAUAUAUUCAGAAAUGCUAAACAAUAACCGUACUAGUCAGGAUAGGAUGAGAAAGAUCUGUUCCAUAGUUGAUGCAGGUAAUUGGUCUAUAAAAGCUAGAUUCAUAUUGAUUCUUGAGGAAGAGGAGCCCUAUCUUUUUAAAGAGCUCUCUAAAUGAUUGUAUUGUUGUGAAACGGCAAUUGCUGGAUGACCCUAAUGCUUUUUCAGCUUUAACACAUUGUCUUACGCUACGAAAAAAUAUGACUAUUAGUGCAUGAAGUGUCCAACAUUUGUAUAUUACUUUAUUUAUACUAUAAAACAUACAGUUAUAACCAAAUAAAUAACCUAUAUGACUCCUUUUAAGGCAUACUUGUCAUAUUUUUUAAUUUUACAUACUUUUUUUAAGCACCAUAUAAACUUGGCUAACUAAAUUCUAUUACCAUACAGCUUACUUUAACAAGCC